AAAGCAAAGUAAUUAUAAACAUGAUUCUCAAAGAAAAAUAUGCGAUUUGAUUGGUUGUAUAAAAAAAAAAGACAGUAAUCCAUGAGUACAAAACAGUAUCUCCACAAACACGUGUCCACUAUCAACACCUUUUUUUCAUCACUCUAUCUCUCUCCCUUUAGUCUUUCCUUCCGAGUGACGAUUCCCUCUCUCUCUCUUCCACAUCCAAAUAUCCCCAGAUAAACCCUAAUUAAAAAGGGGCAACAAAAAUCCACUUCGUCAUCUUCACCAAUCAUCGCAUGUUACUGGAAGGAUAUGGUUCCGAAGUAAGAAACUAAGAAGAAGACAAACUCCCCCCUCCUUCAUCUCUCUCUCUCUCACUGAGCCAUGGCUGAGUUGCAGCAGCAGCAACACUUAGUCGAAGCCCACCAAAUUAACAACGGUUCAGCUCUCAUCCCUCCGUCGGAAGCACCGGAAACCUCCGCCGCAGUCUCCGCAAGAGUAUCCGUCGGAUCGAAACGCCUGAGAAGACCUAGCGUCCGUCUAGGAGACAUCGGCGGCGGCGGAGGCGGCGAACAGUACCAACAAGUCCCGUACGAGCGUCCGAAAUGGAGUAACAAUAAGCCGAAUCAGAGCGGGAAGCCUUCUUCCAGGACCCGGGCGCUAACGAAUUUGAGCUCCGGGUACGCCCUGGACGAAGACCCGAUCUCAAUCGGGACUUGGCGUGUCAACAAAUGGGUUAAAUCAUCCGGCGGAGAUACAACGACGGCGGCGGCGACGGCGGGGGCGGGGGCGAAGCGGGUGAAGUCGAAUUGGGUGAAAUUGAGCGAGGAGGAGGAGGAAUUGGAGGAAGGGUAUCGCGAUUUCAGCAGGGAGGAUUCGGACGAGGAGGAGGAGGAGGAGGAGGAGGAGAAUAGGGGGACGACAAGGUACGAGGUGUCGGGAGAUUGGGGGAGAGGGAGAGAAGGUGUGAAGAUAUGGUUACAGGAGUUAGGGUUAGGGAGGUAUUGGCCAAUGUUUGAGAUGCAUGAAGUUGAUGAAGAGGUGUUGCCUUUGUUGACGUUGGAGGAUUUGAAGGAUAUGGGGAUUAGUGCUGUGGGUUCGAGAAGGAAGAUGUUUUGUGCUUUACAGAAGCUUGGGAGAGAGUUCUCUUGAUUUUAAAGAAAAAAAAGGCAGAGUCUUUUGUUUGGUUUUUUUUUUUUUUGGUGACUGCCAUGGAAAUGUUUGAAGUGUUAGUAGUUUUAGUAUUAGAGGAAGAUGAAGGAGGGUUUGCUCGUUGUGAUUGUAUCUUCUUUGGUUUGGUGUCUUAUGGUUUAGAGCUUGUUGACCAUUAAUCCUAAAUACAAUUAUGAAAAAUCUUGAACAAUGCAAAGAGUUUUUGUGAUAUCUAACUCUUGACAAAUCUCUCAAAAAAUGAAAGAAUCACAUAGAUUUAGUCUCUUGUAUUGGUACGAAUUACAC